UCCACAUCAUUCAUUAUGAAAUCAGCCGGCCACAAUAUCCCGUCCGCAGUCAGAUCGGACUCCAUGGCAUUUGUGGACCGUAUCACUAUGCGCUCAUCAUGCCUUCCAAAUUUCCAGAGAUCCAGGGCGGAGGCUCCCUGAUUCUCGCAUGGCAGAUCAAAGGCAAGCAAGUCCUCGUGAUCGGCGGUGGUGAGGUCGCUGCCGGUCGGAUUGUCAACUUGCUUAAUGCGGACGCAAAAGUGACUGUUGUUUGCCCGCGCGCGGGCCUGAACGAAGAGGUGGCAUAUCGAGUAGACCAAGGUCAGGUCAAACAUGUCGACCGAGUAUUCCUCCCUCUCGACCUUGAGCCGGAAAAGAACGUCGCCAUGGUGCUCAGCGCGAUUGAUGACCCGGAGGCGUCAACGCGUAUAUGGAAGUACUGCAAGAGGUUGAAAGUCCCCGCCAACAUUGCCGAUGUGCCACCUGAAUGCGACUUCUACUUUGGCAGCGUCCACCGCGAUGGUCCCCUUCAAAUAAUGGUAUCCACCAACGGAAAUGGGCCCAGGAUGGCCGCCGCCAUCCGGCGGCAGAUUGGCGAGAUGCUGCCCAAGGGCACGGGAGACAGCAUCAAGAAGGUCGGGCAGCUAAGACGAAUGCUUCGAAAAGCAGCGCCAGGCAAAACCACACGCGACAUCAGCAAGAGGAUGGGCUGGAUGAGCGAGGUCUGCGAUAAAUGGAGCACCGAGGAGUUCAAUGCGAUGGAUGAGGAAGACAUGGCCGAGCUGGUGCAAUACUACGAAAGGGGCGUUGUGCCGAGUUUCGAGGAGAUCCGGCUUGGAUAUCAGGGGGACGUGGUAUGGGAGUUUGAUGGGUCAUUUGGAUGGAUGUAGACGAGUGAAUUCUGUUUCCAAUCUUCGCAUAGCUGCCUGUAUGCUGUGAGAGUGCUAACAACAGAUGGCAUCCUCCUUGUCUCGGUCGUCCCUGGUUCUCAGCACCUGCAUCACCAAAUUGUGCAGAUGGUGUUUCUUUGGUAGAUCCAACGUUUGGCCCAGGUGUUGAUAGCAUACUCCAGAGUUGCAUCGGAACCUAAUCGGUGGCACCAGCACCGACACGGAUCGGAUAGCGGC